AUGGCGGACUACGCUGAAGCACAUGACAGCUUUGCGGCAAAAAUGGAGGAGAUGGAAGAAUGGCUAGAAAAACAGGAACUGAAAAAUAUGGACCUAGAAGAGAGAUCCCAGUGCCAAAACCUACGGGUAAGAGGGGUCCCUGAGGAUGUUCAAGCUACAGACCUGAUGGCAUAUCUCACAGGCAUGUUUCAAGCCCUGGCCCCAGACAUACCAGCUAAUAUGUUUCUAAUGGACAGAGCACACAGAGUAGCGAAGCCUCAAUACUUACCUGCAUCCACUACAAGAGAUGUACUAACUAAGCUACAUUACUAUCACGUUAAAGAGGCCCUUCUCCGCUCCACAUGGCCGCAACAUGAUUUACCGGAGCAAUACAGACACAUCCAAGUGUAUGCAGACCUCUCCGCAGAGACACUUCGGCACAGAAGACAUUUCCGAGACAUAACCUCAGAGCUACGAAACAGAAAAAUUCCAUACCGCUGGGGCUUUCCGAUUAAGUUGCUGAUUUCAUAA